GCAGCCGCAACAGCAGCAGGGGAGGACGGAUCAAAGAGAUUGUAGGACACGAUGCAUUUAGCAGCCUAACAUCUACGCACACACACCGCAGCCGGCUAAACGAGAACACGCUCAUACUACGCGCAUCCGCACGCAGCCCACCCCACACACUCACACACACCACGCGUGUGUGGGGACAGCGCAGAUGAGGCAACCACCAAAGGGAGCUGUGGAUCUUGCCAGAAGCCUUUGGUAGGGGAGGGGACACCCGAGGUGGCUGAAGCCCCAGCAGGAGAGGUCGUAGGUGGGGAAGGGGUUGAACUGACAGCCGCCGUCGGGGUUUCUUCAGAGCUCUGGAAAAGUCAAAGAUGGACACGUCCUUCAUCCUUCUCUUUCUCCAGCCAGUGUGUGCUUGCUCCGAGCUGCGUCGCCGGGCUUGUCUGUCAGCCGUGGGGGGAUUCGAGAACGCGCGGUGUUGAGAAAUACACACACCGAACACACCUGGAGAUCAGCUGUUCAGGCAGAACAGAUCCACUGAUACCGCAGUCUCUCUGCUGUGCUGAAGGAUGGAUUCAGGGGAGGACGAGUGCACACGCUUCCUGCACUAUGUAGAGGACAGCGGUCUGAGGGCGUAUGACGAGCUGGUCAUUCAGAACGCCUCCGACAUCGCCCGAGAGAGCGACCGCGUCCGCAAUCACACACACUGGACUUACCUACAGGAGAAAAACCAGAAGAAGAGACGGCAAGAGGAAGCCAUUAAGAGGAUUGGUGAGGACGUGGCCCGUGUGACAGAGGGAGGAGGAUACGCAGGUAAACACUUCCGCAUGGGCUUCAUGACGAUGCCGGCGCCUCAGGACCGCGUUCCUCCUCCCUGCGGCCCGGGCUUCACCGUCCGCUCACAGUCUCUGCACUCAGUGGGAGGAGGAGAAGAGGAGGGUAGUCCCACCUCACGAAAACAACCUCCACCCAAACCCAGACGAGACCCCAACACCAAACUCAGCACCUCCUCAGAGACCGUCAACGCCGGCCUCAGCACCGGCAAGAGUGCCAAGGACAGCGAGAAGUUUGACGCAUCCAAAUCCCGCCCCUGCAGUGAGGAGUAUCGUCGCAUGCCUCCACCCAAACCCAAACGCAACCCCAACACCCAGCUCAGCACAUCUUUCGACGAGUCUUACAUUCAACACCACAGCAGCAAAGGUAAAUCUGCCUCUCUGCCGCGUGCAAGCAAAAAGAAGUCGGCAUCUCAGAAUCAAAGCCCGGCCGACACUGACGAUGAGACAGAGCCUGUAUAUAUAGAGAUGGUGGGAAACAUCCUACGAGACUUCAGUCGGAUUGCUGGAGCAAAUGGAGACGAAGAGGACGACCAAGGGGAAAGUGUGUACGAGGAGAUGAAAUACCCUGCCUAUGAUGACCUACCUUCAUCUUUAGACCACGGGCAGUCACGAUGGGAGCAGUGUCCAACACCUAUGGUGCCGGAAGUAGAACUUACUCGACCUACCACACCACGUGGUUCACUCUGUGAUAUUCCAGCCCCGUUCCCAAAUCUGCUUUCCCAUCGUCCGCCUCUACUUGUAUUCCCACCGGCACCAGCCCAAUGUUCCCCUAAUUCCGAUGAAUCUCCUCUUACUCCACUGGAUGUCACCAAACUGCCCAUGUUUGAUAAUGUGGGAAUUGUGAAACCCGGUGCAUCCCCAACUGGCACCGAACCACAGCCAGAAGUGCAGCAGCAGGUGUCUGGUAAACACCACCACCACCACCACCACCACCAUCAUCACCAUAAGAAGUCAGCUGAGACUAAGGAACAACAAACAAUCACAGCAUCAGGACGGUCGUCUGCUCCACCUCUAACAUCUGCACUGUAUAAAAGCGGCGGGUCGUCUACAGCACACGGUUAUCCGCGGAGCCACUCUGCUUGUCCGUCACCCGUCAGUAUGGGACGUGCUUUAACGCCACUCACCCUGAAGCGUCCCCCGCCAUAUGACGCUCUCAUGACCGGGACGAUUCCUCGCAGCGCAUCUGGAGUUCCUCACGGAUCACGUGAAAGCGGGCGGCUGUCGAAUUCUUCAAGUGUGCACGGGGGCUCCAUGCAAAAUGUCUCCACUGCUUCGGGUUCAAGCUCAGGGUCAGGAGGUCGAGGAUGUCGUACGCCAACCAGUCCUUUGGAUGAGCUCAGCAACUUGUUCUCUUCGGGACGUAGCAUGUUGAAGAAAGGCUCUGGAAGCCGUAAGAGCAAAGAGUCAGCAGAUGGAGAAAGUAAAGGCAGAAGUGACAGUAGAGACAGAGCCCUUCGCAGCUCUUCUCCGAAAUCACAGGAUUGGGAAACGCCCACAGGACAAUCAGCCACGCCCACAGCCACGCCCAGUCGCUUUGGCCGCUCCUCCAUAAGUCCGACCACCAUGCUUGGAGAACCAAAAGCCGGUUGUAAACUUGGUCGCUCUGCGUCCACAUCAGGAGUCCCGUCUCCAGUGGGAACACCCCAAAGACACGCGCCCGAUGCCUCGGCCCCUCCAUGCGGGACGCCGUUCCAGAUGCCCCCAAUGCCCUGGGCAUGUGGGGACAGCACCAUGAUGGAGAUGAUCGAGAAGAAACGCCACCUGUGCAAGGAGAUCAAAUCCAGACAGAGGUGUCCGGACAAAGCCCUGUGCAAGCAGGAGAGCAUGCCCAUCCUGCCCAGCUGGAAAAAGACCAACGGGGGCAAGAAAUACGGGCCUCCUCCAUACUCCACCCAAACCACUGUCUUCUGGGACACUGCUAUAUAAAGAGUGACCAGCAAACUACAGCCAUGGAGAUACUACACUGACUGAAGGGGGGUGGGGGGAAGGACGUGUCCAAAUACUGAUUGACAGCUGGCAGGACUGCUCAGUGAAUGGUUGCUGUUUAUAUUUGAUAUUUUUAUAUGGGAGAUAACUGUCUUAAUAUUAAAUAUGAUUAGCGGUUUUAUAAAGAAGAACUCUCUGAAUGAGAUCUAAGAGUGAAAAUAGAACACUUUUACCCAUGAGAUGAUAUUUGUCCUCUUUGAAAUGGUAUUUCUAUUUAUUUUCUAUCCUUUUUUGGGGGAGGGGGGGUGUUUCUAUAUUUGGCACUCAUCCGUGUGUCUGGGGAAAUAAUCUAUAAUAAUGUGUGGUGAAAUACGUGCAGUAAUUCCAUUGAGAAAACAUUGUUGUUUUUGAUGCCUAUGCAUUUUGG